GAGAGUAGCAAUAAUCUCCAGUUUUAUGUCCAGGGAACGACAUGUUUGAGGGCUCUGAAGCUUGUAUAUCUUCUGUAGCUGUCAAUAAGCCUUAGGAGGCUGUUCCCUACGUCACCAUGUGCAGGGAGACAGGGGAAGCCAGGUAACUUCUGAGACACCCAUCUCCCUAUAGAAAGAUGCGAGAACUGACAUCUACAGAGGGAGAGACUCAAGUCUAGUCUUUCAGAACCAGCUAGGGCAAAGUUUCAUCUGUCAGUCACUUCCUGAUCAUCCUUUAGCAUGUCUGGUUUAACUGAGAUGAGGUAAUGUGUAGGGCAGGGGCUAUCCAUUGGCUUCUAGAAUUGGGAAUUACUGAGAUACCUAACCUUGUCUAACACGGUUGUCAGUAUGAUAUGACAUCUCAAUGGACAUAGUUUACUCCACAUCGCUCAUUUGUUCUGGGGUUCACCAAGUAUAAUUCAGAAGCCACAGUCCAGACUCUGGUGAAUUUUCAAUCCAGGCUGAACUAGUGCUCGCUCCUCAUUUCAGGAAUGUCAGUAAAUUUACAAGUGUGAAGUCCGGCUCUGGGGAAGGUCUAGGGCAAAGGACCCCUAUUAUCUCUCAUUUUGCGCCCUUUGCCUGCCCUCCUCAUGCUCCGAUGGAUGUUGUAAUUUAAGCUGGCUGUUUCACCUUUCCUAAGGGCAUGUGCAUUGUCACAGUAGGCUCAAGUUCAAGGAAUUUGGCUUUUGUGUAGUUCUAGGUGAAGAACCACAACAGUGACACACUACAUACUCUCCUCAUGAUUAUCACAAAUUUUGAUUUUCUGUAAAUGCCUUGCAGUUCUCUGUGUGGCCUCUCAAUAGCCAUUCAUCUUUCUUCAAACUUGAAUGCAGGAAUGGCCCAUCAUUCUUCAUGGGAGUUUUUGUUUUUGUGUCUGAGGGCUCCCCUGGGGAACUCUGGUUCUUAUAUCUCCAGCCAGACAUGUCACUAGUUAAUCACACUUUUGGUAUCUACAAUGGCUGGAAUGAAUUCUCCUGAAGUUAGAAAUAAUUUUCGUCAACUAUGGGACUUAUCUUUGUUCUGAUAAGACAAGACACCUCCAAUCUCCCACCACACUAACAGCCUUGUGCAUCCUCCACAAGGUGCUUGUUGCCUGCAGGGGACUGAACUUUCCUCUCCCCACCAUCCUUACUUAAUUACCUAGAAACCUUUUUUUCUUGUUUAUUGACUAGAGGUUUCACGAGUUGGAUGAUCCAUUUCCUGGGAUGUGUUUGAAAGGACUACUGGGAAGACACCAACUCAAACCUCCACCUCCACUGAGCAGGAGCAGCAGAUGACAAAGUUGGAGAAACUCACCCUUCAGCUACAGAGUAUAACAUAUGAGCGAAUUGAACUACAUGGAAUCCUGACCAGUUAUACAGAUAUGGAUUUGCAGAACAGGCUGAAUUCUUUUGGGAUGCUAAAAAAGGAGCAUAAGCAGGUGAUGUCGGCCUUGCAGAAAUUGCCCAUGGAAAUCAGUGAUGAUGUGAACAAGGUCAAACAGCUGAUUGAGGAGAAUGUAUCCUACAGUUACCUCCACAGCCAGGUCCUCCAAGAUUGGACUCAGCGGAAGGAGAGUGUACAUGUGCUGAGACUGAAGAACAGACAGCUGUGGAAGGAGCAGAUUGAACUGCAAGAGUCCUGUGAGGAGCUGAAGAGGCUCUUGAAGGAGGCCCAUGAGAUGAUCUGUGACCCUUCUGCUGAGCAGCAGCAGAGAUACACUCUCCACCAGAGGCAUGUGGCUUUUGCUGUAGAUACCAUCCACCUAGACAAACGUGAAGUUUCCACUUAACACUGCUUAGCUGGUGCAUCACAGGUAUAUCUUACCCCAUCUCCAUCCCCAGGUGGGUCUUAAAAGUCUGCAUUUCAUCUGAUGGGCCUACUCUGCAUUGUCAUCUAAAUGAGAGGUGACAUAACUGCUCCAACUCUGACUUAAGAGAUGCUGAGCAAUGAUCCUGAGCCCAGGAGCACUCUGCUUGAAUGCCUGGCAUCCCAAGUAAUCUCCGAUGCCUACCUCAUGGUCCUGUCCCUACAGUUCUCCAGAAAUAUCUCUUUUCGGUUAGGUGUAAUCCAGUCCAACUAAUACACUAGAGAGGCUAGAAGGACAAAAGUGAAGUGCAGGGACUGGAGAGAUCACUCAUCCUUUAAGAGGAUGUGUAGCUCUCCCAGAGGACCCAGAAAUCAGCUAACAAUCUUCUGUGACUCCAGUUCCAUGGGGAAUCCAUUGCCCUUUCUGGCUUCAGUACAAACUGAUUGCUUGUGGUGCAUAGAAAGCAGGCAAAAUACCCAUAUUCAUAAAUACAAGUAAAUGAAUCUCAAAGAUUUCCAUGCGAAAUGAAUAGUCAAGGCAACAGCACAUUAAAAGACCACAUCUCAAUGUGUCUUAGAAGGUUACUACCCCUGCAUUGCCACUGUCACUGGUGCUGUAUUUCAGGAAAAGAAAGGCAGACAGCUAUAGGUUUCCUAAUUUCUUCUAUACUCCUGUAACAAAUGUUCUCACGUCCUGAGAUGCAUUAGAAAACAUAGGUGUAUUUCUGAAAAUCUGAUAUGAAUGAUCAUGUCAUGAACAUGUGUGUACCUAUUCUCCGUUUUUGAAGUAGCUAGACAUGUGAAGUCAGGUGUUUAACAUGGAUCUUUUUCCAUCAUGAAGUGGAUAUACAUGGAGUAGACCAUGCGAUUCACACCCAAGAUACCAUCUUGGUUUGUAACCCUGUCUAACUGAGAACUCACAGUGUAGCCUAAGCUUCCUGGGACUUGCAGAGAUCCACCUCUGUCUGUUGAGUUCUAGUGUUACAGGAGUGUGACACCACACCUGACUACAAAGCUACUUUCAGAAUGAAGAGAAUGUCCCAGGUUUAGCUGUCCCCCAUGGGAGAACUUACCCUGUUGGAGGAGGGCAGGAGGGGUGGGGGGAAUGUGGUAGGCAGGAGAGGGAGGAGCGAUGAGAGUUGGAUCUGUGGUUGGUAAGUAAGUUCACUAAAAAAUUUAAAGGAAAGAACGAAGAGUUGGAAAUUAUUUUUUAUUUGUGAAAUUACAGAAAUUUGACAGAAUAGGGCCUUAAAGGGGUGCUUAGUAUAUCAAGUGUAUAGCUUUAGCAAAAUAUAAAAUCAAAAAAGAACAAAGAACCAAAAAAUAAAAAAAAAAACAGCAAAACAAAACAAAGAACAACAAAACCUAAGUUCAUGCAAACCCCAAAACAAACCAAAACUAUUUACAUAAGAAGGUUUCUCUUCAUGCAGAUGUCCUACACUCUGUGGCUGGCUUUGGACACAAAUUGAAAGACAACACUGAAUUGAAAUACCCUCUUCAAGACAAGUGUGGUCAUGCCACUUUGGGGCUUCUAGGUUAAGUCCUUGCCAAAGUUGAUCUUAUACCAUGUUGGCCACUAUAUGAUUCUGUCUGCCAACCUGUGUCUGUGUGCCCAUUCAAGAGCAAAAAAUGACACGGGGAGCAUCUGUUACCAAAAUACAUAACAGCUCAUGGUGACAUCCUUCCUAAAUCAUCUCUCAGAACAAUUCACUUCACCAUCACUUGUGCAUGAAAUUGAGUAGUUCCCGCACUGGACUGGAGUGAGAAUAUGAUGCUUCUUUUGUGUGGUCUGUCUGGAUAGCAGCAUGACAUCAACACAGUCUCUGUUGACAUAUCUCCCUCCACAUAUGAAGGGCUGAGGACUCAGUCAGCUACCAAAAGUUUGUAGCAAUAAACUUUCAGAGUAACUAUGAGUGGAAACAUA